AUGUCGAAUAACCGCGUUUAUACCGUGAGCGGCGGCUCUAUAGACAUCGUUGGCGGUCGUGGUGUUAGUGCUGAUUUUGUGUUGGGCACGCCACAGGCUACAGGAACACUCGCUUGGGUUCAGAAUACAUACGCAUCCCAAUACAAUCAUGCUGUUGGAUGUUGGGAAGCAUUCGAUGGUGCCAGUAAAAAGAGGCGAAUGCGUGGAGGCCAUCUAUUAUUAUAUAGAUGGCUUAUAUUCGCUGUUGUCAUUGUCUCGUUUGUGUUGGGUGGUCUGAGUAAGCAAGUUAAAGCCUAUAUUGCAUUUCCAAUCGUUGCUACAGUGAUCUAUAUGAGUUUGACCAUAUGGAAUUGGCAUGUAUUUCGAAUCAACGGAAGUCUUCGGCAUCCACACAUGAUACAGGUGCCUGCAAGAAUACUUCCUGGAUGGUCAAACAAGUUCUUUCGCAUCCCUAUUUAUGCUCAAAUUACUGAUCGCCAAAUAUUGGGCAUAACACAUGAAGUCGGAACAAUUAUUGCUCAACUUAUCCAACAAAGUCAUGGAGAAACUUCGCUGCACAUCAUGGCUUAUACAGACAGCUAUUUGAGAAAGUUGAAAUUUCCAAAAGAAACUGUUCUUCAUUUUCUAAUUUUUAUUAUCGUUUUUAUUGUUGCUAUAGGAAGUGUACUGUCUGAAUGA